UUACAAGCGCGCCACUACACAACGUGCAGGCGGAGUAUAGCUAUCCUUAUCCCAGACAUCCUUUGGCACGCGCUUCCCUCGUGUUCCGUUUGAUCUACGCGUACCGUCUGCACCGUUUCCGUUUCCGCUUGGAUUGAUUCUUGAGUUCGCCUUUGUGUGAUGACUGACAGUCCAUGAACUCUGGGCCUGAGAAGGGAUUGAGAACGGUGGUGUCCUAAUGAAUAUUCACGUGUCCUCCGCCAGGAGUGUGAGCGCGAGUGCCAGUGCCAGUGCGAGACUGUCGCGUGUGCUUACCCCCGCAUCCGUGCGUAAUUGAAUAACGAAGGUGAAAAUUGAAAAUUGAAAUGUUAACAAAUUGAAUUUGCACUGCUCGACUCUUUGUCCGUAUAGUCUUUCUGUGAAUUAAAUUUCUGUUCGGUUCGUUUCGGUUCAGCGCGUAAAUUGCUUAACGAGCCAGUGAAAGUCCAUCCAGAAGUCCAACAAAAAGUACGUGCCACAACAAAUUUUCUAAUUGGAUUAGAAGUCAACAAACUCGCAGCCAAGACCAAGACCAAGACCAAGCCCAAGACAAGGGCUUCCCGUUGCCGAGUCGGUUGGCAAAACAAUUUGCUCGGAAGCGACUCACGAAAUGGCAACACUGUUGGGAAAGUUCUAAGACUCUCAACCAGGCCAAGUACUCAGCAAAUACAAGCCCACGCCCGCACCGCGCUCAAGCGGCAAGCACCAGGCCAUCAUGCAACAACAGCCGCAGCCCCAGCCCCUGCCACACAGCAGCUACUACACGCAGACGGAGAGCGAGCUGCUGCAGAUUGAGGCGGGCGGCACCGGGCUGACAUUUCCCCCCCAUCGGAGCGAGAUGGCCGCCACCAGCUCCCAGCUUCAGCAGGCGUCGAUGAGCAGCAAUGUGGCAUCUACGGCCACGUCCAGCAACCUCGAUGUGCCCUCUGGCGGCAGCACCGGCAGCGGCAGCGGGGGGCAGACCACGAGCCACUUUGUGUCGCCCCUGCAGCGGCGACACUGCCAGCCGCCGAGUCAUCUGCCACUGAACUCGGUGGCGUCUCCGCUACGCACGGCCAGCUACAAGACGGCAGCGGCCGUGGCCGGUCACGGAUUCCAUCACAGCCACCACCAGCAGCUGGACUUCCAGCGCAACUCGCAGUCGGACGAUGAUAGCGGCUGUGCCCUGGAGGAAUACACAUGGGUGCCGCCGGGUCUCCGACCUGAUCAGGUCCGCUUGUACUUCAGUCAACUGCCAGACGACAAGGUGCCCUACGUCAACAGUCCCGGCGAAAAGUAUCGCGUUAAACAAUUGCUGCACCAGCUGCCGCCGCAAGAUAACGAAGUGCGCUACUGCCACUCGCUGAGCGACGAGGAGCGCAAGGAGCUGCGCAUCUUCUCGGCCCAGAGGAAGCGCGAGGCUCUCGGCCGAGGAGCCGUCCGGCUGCUGUCCGACGAGCGACCCUGCAAGGGGUGCGAGGAGUCCCUGUCGGGCGGUGACAUCGUGGUCUUUGCCCAGCGUCUGGGGGCCCAAUUGUGCUGGCAUCCGGGCUGCUUUGUGUGCAGCGUAUGCAAGGAGCUGCUGGUCGACUUGAUAUACUUCCAGCGCGACGGGAACCUCUACUGUGGCCGACACCACGCCGAGACCCAGAAGCCGCGCUGCUCGGCAUGCGAUGAGAUCAUCUUCUCCGACGAGUGCACAGAGGCCGAGGGUCGCACCUGGCAUAUGAAGCACUUCGCCUGCCAGGAGUGCGAGCACCAGUUGGGCGGCCAGCGGUACAUCAUGCGGGAGGGCAAGCCCUACUGCCUCGGCUGCUUCGACACGAUGUUCGCGGAAUACUGCGACUACUGCGGGGAAGUGAUCGGCGUCGAUCAGGGCCAGAUGAGCCACGACGGACAGCAUUGGCAUGCCACGGACCAGUGCUUCAGCUGCUGCACCUGCCGCUGCUCGUUGCUGGGACGCCCGUUCCUGCCGCGACGGGGUACCAUCUACUGCUCGAUCGCUUGCAGCAAGGGGGAGCCGCCGACGCCUUCGGACACGAGCUCUGGCCCUCAGCUGCGUCCCACCCAUCGAGCCUCCACCUCCAGUCAAAUCGCCCGCUCGCCCCGCCGCAGCGGAGACCGGGACAGGGAGAGGGAGUCCUCAAGAAAGACCAACCAUGGCCAUGGACCGGUCAAGGGCACGGGCAGUGCCGGCGAUCUGCUGGAGCGACAGGAACGCAAGCGCAUGGAGGCAGCCGGCGUGGCCGAUUUGCUGCUGGGCGGGGGGGUGCCAGGCAUGCCACGCCCCGCCCAUCCGCCACCCAUCGACCUCACCGAGCUGGGUAUCAGCCUGGACAACAUCUGUGCGGGGGACAAGUCAAUCUUCGGCGACAGCCAGCUGACCUCCUCCAUGCCGGACAUGCUGCUGUCGAAGGCGGAGGACUCUCACAGCUACCAGAGCAUCGACAAGAUCAACCUGAACUCGCCAAGCAACUCGGACCUGACGCAGAGCACCCAGGAGCUGGCCAACGAGCUGGAGCUGGACAACGAUCCGGUGCGGGAGCUGCCCCACGAUGGUUACGAGCAGCUUUUCGCCAAUAAUCGCAACACGAAGAAGGGCCACGAGCUGCAGGAUAUGCAGGGGGAGGAGGACGGAGAGCAGCUGGACAACCGGCCACUGAAGGAGGUGCGAUUCCACAGCGUCCAGGACACUAUGUCGCGCUCCAAGAGCUACACGGAUAACUCGAAUGCCCGUCGCCGGCGCCGACGUCGUAACCAGUCUCGCAGCUCCUCGGAGAUGCAGAUCAACCAAACGAAUCUCCGACUGCACAACGCCCAGACGCAGGCCGCUGUCACCGGCACCGGCACCGGCGCCCACAAUCUUCUAAACAAUCUGGAUAACUGCGAUGUGGCCAGCAUCUGUUCGACCUGCUCGUCUAGCUCUUCCAGCGACAUGGACGACUACGUCUACCGGCUGCCCGCCCGCAAGCACUACGGCGGCGUCCGCGUGGCCUACGUGCCCAACGAUGCCCUCGCCUACGAGCGCAAGAAGAAGCUGGCCCAGGACCCAUCGUUGGCUGCGGCCGCAUCAGCCGCUGUCCCCGGAGUGCCGGGAGUCAUGAACGAGAGCAAGAACUGCACAAUAUCAUGACCACCUCCCAUUCUGCCGCCGCCGCCCUUCAACCUGAGCAGCUACUACAUCCUGGACACCAUCCUGGAGGAGCAGCAGAGCCUGAUGCUGCCGGAGAAGAAGCCCGGCUGCCUGCGUCGGGUAUGGAACUUCUUUGGCCUGGGCAAGCCGCGUCUCCAGCACACCGGCAACGGACGGCUGUACAGCGUUUAGGUGGGAUUGGAUUGGAUUGGACUGUAAAUAACAUAUCGAAAUGUAUUAUACACCGAAACAAACGACAUAUGAGAUCAUCGAAGUGGGGUGAAACCUUGUACAAAGCUUAAACUAUAUCAUAUUUGCAUUUACAUAUACAUAUUAUACCUACACAUAGGCAUUAUCAUAACUAAUUAGGUAUUCUAGUGUUAGAUCUAAGAAGAUCGAAGCGGAUCCGUAGGAGACCACAAGCAGCGCAAUAAACGAACAAUAAAUUCCAACGAAUCCCCUUCAACGGCCAACAAAAGAAUCUCCGAGAGAGUGAAAGUCUUUUUAGUGCAAUAAUUUAAAAUGGAAUGGCAAAAGCAGAACUCG